AGUUUAUAUAUUACAUUAAAACAAUGAUAAUUUUUGAUAAUUUAUAUUUUCUUAUUAAUAAGUAUUUUAAUUGAUAUAUAUCUCAUAUGUUUUAUUUUAAAAAAUAUUUACUUCCAAAAACUUACAGAUACAAUCAACAUAACUAUAACAAAAAUCUAUGCAAAAAUAUAAAUCAAUAAAUUUACAACUACAACCAAAUCACCUACAUCAUAAAUUUUACAGAUAAAUUUCUAAAGAUAUAGUCCAAUCAGGAAUCCUAUAUGAACAUGUUUCACAUUACUCAUGGCAGCAUUGUAGUUUUCUAUUUUUUUAACAUGAAACUAGUAUUCAUUCUAGUUUCAAUCUGCAAGUAGUCUUCUUCAACUUCUACAGAGAAUCACGAGAAUGUUGUUUUUGUUGUUAUUCAUAUUGUUUCGGUCAAAGUAUUUGACAUUUUAGAAAUUCAAAUUCAAUCCAAUUCAACGAUUUGAUUUGUAAACAGGUCUUCUCGUGAUCUUUUGGUAUUAGUUUCAGGGGAGAAACCUCACGUCCGAACAUGCCUCUAUAUAUAUAACGUCGUUAGCCACACGUACUCAUCAACACAAGAAGAACUCAAAAGAUUCCAAACAAAGCAUACUAUAUUCUUACAAUCAUUCUCUGCUAACUUAGUUAAUGAUGGUUUCGAUGGAGGCUUUAGCGAUGGCAGGAGAGGAUUAUCAAGAAUGGGGACUUAGUAUUGAUGAAUAUGAGUAUCAACAAUCCGUCGUUCCAUCUCAUUUGCUUGCAGAAGAAGACUGUUCUGAAGAAGAUUCCGAAGACGAAGAUCAUGUAAAUGACGAUAAUAGAGAUUUCGAUGGCGUAGAGGCUAAACAACAUGUUACUUGUGACGUUAGAGAUUCUUCUGUUGGAAAAUUGAUUGAACAAUCUAUCUCACAUAUCAUCGUCCACCUCAAACAGAUUAAGUUAUUAACACAUCUUCUUGAGAACUUUUUGUUUAGCCAUGUUCUUGAUUUUCUUUUGUAAUUGCGUUCUGUUGGGAAUUCAUUUUUGUGUGCUUAAUAAAGAGUGAAUUGACUGUAUAAUGUAAGUAUAUAUAUAUAUAUAUAUAUAUAUAUAUAUAUAUAUAUAUUCAAUUUUAAGCAAUGGAAUCGAUUGAAAUAAAGGUAAAAGGUUAAUUUUUUUAAUUCGGUUUAUGUGGUUAUAUUUUUCUUCGAUAAAUCAUAAAACUAGUAGUGAGACGAUAACCAAACCAAAAUUCACCAACUCGCCAUCGAAAAAAAAUGUUACGAAUAACUCAUAUACGAUAGAGAAACAAACUAAAUAAACUGAAGUUCACUAAACGUAAAAGGAAGGCAUGGUCGGUCCUAACAAGAAUAGCAGAACUAAUAUCCGCCUUGACCUUGUAUCGAUUACUCGGCCCUUGUUAAUAAUCUAAUUAAAAAGUAUGUGUGUGUAAUAUUUUGCUAUAAAACUGUAAUUGGUUUCAGAUCUCAUAAAUCUUUUGACUGAGUUUAGCAUUAAUCUUUUCACAAAGUAAUUCGUCUAG